AUGAAGGUUGAAGCUCCCAUUAAGGUCGAAGCUUCCGUGAAGGUUGAAGCUUUCGUUAAAGUUGAGGCUUCAAGCGUCAAUUCCGAUGUGUGGAAACUUUGUGACAACAAAUUGGACACAACUCAUUUCUUUUCGACCCGAGGUACAUGGAAAGAUAAAGACAAAUUGCUCGGUUGGGUUCGUCGACAAGCAAAUAGGGCUGGAUUUACGGUUGUCAUUAAAAUAUCUUGUGAAGGUGGAAAUGCUAUGUUGGAGUUGGUUUAUGAACGUAGUGGCGAGCACAAAGUAUCAAAGAGAAAAGUGAAGCAUGAAACAACGGGAUCAAGAAAAUGUGGGUGUUUGUUCAAGGUGCGUGGAUAUGUCGUCAAGGAAGACAAUGCUUGGAAAUUGGCUAUUCUUAAUGGUGUUCACAACCAUGAGAUGGUGCCGUAUGUAGCAGGGAACCUUCUUGUCGGACGACAAGAAGAUUGUACAUGA